GUGCAUCUGAAACCCCACUUUAACUACAGCCCAGCCACAGACAACCUGAUCCCCUGUAAGGAGGCUGGCCUGGCCUUCUCUAAAGGAGAUGUAUUGCACAUUGUCAACAGAGAGGACCCUAACUGGUGGCAGGCAGUCAACAUUGUGGGAGGAGCCACAGGACUGAUCCCCAGUCAGUUCUUAGAGGAGAAGAGGAAGGCCUUCGUGAGGAGAGAAUGGAAUGGAUCAGGCGUUCUCUGUGGGACACUAACAGGAAAGAAGAAGAAGAAGAAGAUGAUGUACCUGAUGUCCAAGAAUGCAGAGUUUGACCGCCACGAGCUGCAGAUCUACGAAGAGGUGGCCAAGAUGCCUCCGUUCCAGAGGAAGACCCUGGUUCUGAUUGGUGCUCAGGGAGUGGGCCGGCGCAGCCUGAAGAACAGACUGAUCAUCAUCAACCCCCUGCUCUAUGGAACCACCGUCCCCUUCACGUCUCGGCCUGCUCGGGAGGAGGAGAGAGACGGCCAGUCGUACUGCUUUGUGUCUCGGUCCCAGAUGGAGGCAGACAUUAAGGCCCGUUGCUACCUGGAGCACGGAGAGUACGAUGGAAACCUCUACGGAACCAAGAUGAACUCCAUCCACGAGGUGGUGGACGCAGGACGUACCUGCAUACUGGACGUUAACCCACAGGCGCUGAAGCAGCUGAAGACAGCAGAGUUCAUGCCGUUUGUAGUGUUUGUUGCUGCUCCAGAACUGGACACACUAAGAGCUAUGCACAAAGCCGUGGUGGACGCUGGACUCACCACCAAACUGCUCACGGAGACAGAUCUGAAGAAGACGGUGGAUGAGAGCGCCAGGAUCCGCCGGGUCUACAGCCACUACUUUGACCUGACCAUCGUUAACGACAACCUGGACAAGGCCUUUGAGCAGCUGCAGGCGGCCGUGGAGCAGCUGUGUUCUGAGCCCCAGUGGGUCCCCAUCAGCUGGGUGUACUGAGAGACACCGGUCCUGUCCUCUCACCUGCUGCCCUGCCUGGUUAGACUGCUCCCUACUGGGCUGGAGGACACACCGCCCGCUGCUGGGCCCAGGAGUACAUGGAGACUAGGAAGAGGUUGUCCCUAACCAACACGGUUGGGGUCAAUUCCAUUUCAAUUCAGUUAAUUCAGGAAUUAGACUGAAACUACAAUUCCACAUUUUUCCCAUUGAGGAGAAGUGGAAUGUCAGUGAACUUCCUAAAUUGACUGAAUUGAAAUGGAAUUGACCCCUACAGGGAUGUGAGAGCUGAGGACCCAUUGAGACUUAUUAUGUAUGUAUGGGACUUUACCAUGCAGCCCCAGUGGCGCCUAUCCCCACCCCGCCUAGCCUAGCCCCACCCCGCCUAGCCACACCU